AUUAGGGUUUCUCAUCUUCUUCUUCGUUUCUCUCUUUCCAAUCGACUCCUCCUCUGAUAUGCUACUGUUGAAAACUUAAUCACUUCAAAUUGGACUUAAAUAAACGAAAUUAGGGUUUUGAGAAUGCCAGCUACGGAUUAUCAAGGGUCAUCUGCUUCCUUUGGCCGUGCAAUUUUGAGUCUCCGCCGUGACCAGGUUCAUUCGAUGGAGGCUACUCAUGAGAUCUCCGGUCAUGAAAUGGAACUUGAAGCUUUUCAAAGGAAAGUAGCAGAAAGGUUUAUGGAUCUAUCUGCAGUCGGAUCGGAUGAUUUGCUUUCUUUAUCUUGGAUCCGAAAGUUGCUUGAGUGUUUCCUUUCUUGUCAAGAGGAGUUUAGAGUUAUUUUAUCGAACAACAAAUCGCUUGUUUUAAAGUCUCCGUUGGAUCGGAUGAUUCAUGAGUAUUUUGAGCGGAGUGUUAAGGCUUUGGAUCUUUGUAAUGCGAUUAGGGAUGGGAUUGAACAGAUCAGAGAGUGGAAAAAGUUGAUUGAGAUUGUUCUUUGUGCUUUGGAUAAUCAGAGAAUGUUGGGAGAAGGUCAGUUUCGUCGAGCUAAGAAAGCUUUGAUUGAUUUAUCUCUUUCCAUGCUUGAUGAGAGAGAUACUGCUGUCUUAGCUCACCGUAACCGCUCUUUUGGCCGGCAAAAUGCUGCGUCGUCUAAAGACCAACAUCACAGGAAUCUUGGCCAUUUUAGAUCAUUGUCAUGGAGUGUGUCGCGGUCCUGGUCGGCAGCCAGGCAGUUACAGGCGAUUGGGAAUAAUUUAUUAGCACCCAAAGGAAAUGAAAUUGUAGCUACUAAUGGUAUUGCAGUUGUUAUUUAUACUAUGAAUUCAAUUUUGCUGUUUGUAAUGUGGGCUUUAGUGGCUGCAAUUCCUUGCCAAGAUAGAGGAUUGCAAGUGCAUUUUUCAAUUCCUAGGAAUUUUACAUGGGGUGCAGCUAUACUGUCUUUGCACGAGAGGGUGCAGGAAGAGUCGAGAAAGAGGGAUAGAAGAAAUGCUUGUGGUUUGUUAAGGGAGAUUUAUCAGAUGGAUAAGUGUACUAAAGGGUUGACUGAAUUAGCUGAUUCAGUUCAAUUCCCUUUGACAGAGGAAAGAGAAGCAGAGGUGAGACUAAGAGUGCAAGAGCUGGGAAGGAUCUGCGAAGCAAUGAAGGAAGGAUUAGACCCAUUGGAAAGACAAGUUCGAGAAGUGUUUCAUCGGAUUGUUCAUAGCCGUACUGAAGGGCUAGAUUCUCUUGGUAGAACCAAUCACAAUGAUUGAUUAAUAUCAUCGUUUGUUGUAAGUAUUGGAUGGAUGCCAUGAUUUUGAGGUGCAAAAGAGGCUGAUUUGAGGCAUGCUUUCACAAUAAGAAGGGUAAGGGGGAAAAAAAAAAAAAAGAAAAAAACAAUCUUGUAUUUAUCAACAAAUAUAUUGUGUAAAGGAAAUUUGUAGGAUAUGAAAAUUGAGACUCUUUGUGGUCCAUGGGGCUGAUCUCCAGCUAGCUGUUGCGAUUGUAUAAUCAAAAAUUUCUUAGUAAAUUGCUUCUUGGUGUGGUAGCUGA